GUGUUGAAUUUGCUAAAAGUUUGCAUCUUUUUUUAUGGGGUAGGGGUUGUUUUGCAUGAUUCACUGUUUGCCGUGUGUUUUUGGUGUGGAGAGGCAAUUUUGGUUGAUGGGGUUUGCAUUUUGAGGAAAAUUGUGAUGCCCAUAAUGUUAUUGUUGCUUAAAGCUGAUUGUUGAAGUGUUCUGGGAGAAGGUUUGGUAUGUUGAGUUGUUGAGCUUGAGCUUUGAGGGAGAAUACACUGUUUGUUUUGAGUGAAAUGAGCUGUGGGAGUUAAGGUUUAAGGAGGAAUUGUAAGGUUUGGUCCAGAAUAUUGAAAUGAGAUAGGAAGUUGAAAAUGUUGGAAUUCUGGAGUUAUAUGAGGGAAAAUAAGGUUUUCUUUUUAAGUUGAAGAUUCAUGUUAAGUUCAAGCCUCAAGGAAGACUAAGCUGAUAGGAUUUAAGAAAGCUGGUAUUCAAUAAAUUAAUGAGCAAAUAAAUGAACUUUCUAUCCGUAUACUUGUUGAGUUGAACCCUAACAGUUCGAAGUUAUUCUUAAAACUUCUCUAGUUUUACGCUUCUUGUAUAAGAAUUGUGCCUUUCUGUGGUUUAAAUGAAAGUAAAAUGCUUUGAAAAUGUCUAACUUUUGGUACAGAAAGUUUAAGAUGUCUUUCCUGGAUUUAGUUUUAUGAGGGAGAGGUGUGGGAGGUGAACCACAUCUCAGAAGCUACUCGUUUUUUCCCCAUGAAAUUGGCUUGUGACCAAUAAAAGGAGACAAAGAGGGGAACUGGUCAAAUAAAGUACCGAAUGUAGUGGGUGAGGAAGAUAGGAUGAGAGACUCAAGGGCAUGCUAUUUUCAUUAAUUCUCCAGAUUUUCUGCUGUGGCAAUUUUCCCUCAAAAUGCUGUUCAUACAAGGAAAGAGAAAUUUGUAAGCUCAAUGAAGCAGGAAUAGAUGGCAGUCAACGCUGAGGCUUAUGCUCUUCUUAUCAAUCACUUACCUUUAGAUUACAGAAAGGAUCCAUCCCUAAAAUCCGCAGAAUAAAACCUUCAUUUUUCCUGUCAUAGUAAUGGAAGUGGGAACAGUGGACCCAUACGCAACUACUCCAGGUCCAAUUGAUGGUUCAGUUCUGUAUGACCAGGACAAGCAUGUAUCCACAGCAGUUUGGGAUGGACAGGAGCGUGGUGCCCUCAGAUGUCAUGAACACACUUCAAAGCUUGAUCAGUGGACACUUACUCCUAAACAGGUUGAAUUGGUAGAGAAGGCUGGGUUUGGAUUCUUAAGGUCAAUUCCAGCUAUUAGUCUAGACAAUCCUCUUAUCUCUGGUCUAGUUGAAAGGUGGAGAAGAGAAACAAAUACUUUUCACUUGAAUGUUGGUGAAAUGACGGUAACCCUUAAAGAUGUUGCGCUCUUGCUUGGGCUGGCAAUUGAUGGAGAGCCUGUAAUAGGUAUUACAUAUACUGCAUGCAGUUCAGUUUGUGAUAGAUAUCUUGGCAGAUCACCAGAAUCUGGUUACACAAGUGGUGGAAUGGUGAAGCUAAGUUGGUUGAAAGAGUUCUUUUCUCGUUGUCCUGAAGAUGCUCCAUUUGAAGUGAUAGAGCAACAUACCCGUGCUUAUCUUCUUUAUCUUGUAGGUAGCACCAUAUUCUCCACCACCACAGGGAAUAAAGUCCCUGUAAUGUACUUGCCAUUAUUUGAGAAUUUUGAUAGAUGUGGGCAAUAUGCCUGGGGUGCAGCAGCAUUGGCAUUCUUGUAUAGAGCCUUGGGCAAUGCCUCACUGAAAACUCAAAGCACCAUUAGUGGCUGUUUAACACUACUGCAGUGUUGGAGUUACUUUCACCUAAAUAUUGGGCGACCAAAGCUCAAUCUUGAUCUGAUGCAUGAUCGAUUUCCAUUUGUGCUUAGAUGGAAGGGAAAACAAAGUGGCCCAACUGCAAAUCGUGAUGUAGUUUUUUAUCGGAAGGCUUUGGAUUCCCUAAAACCAUGUGAUGUGGAGUGGCUCCCCUACCGAAACAUGGACAGUAUGGUGAUUCCAGACCAUAUCAAAAGCACUUUAAUUCUUGGGAGGUCAAGGACAAUGUUGAUAUGCUUUGACAAGGCAGAAAGACAUCUUCCAAACCGAUGCUUAAGGCAAUAUGGCAUGCUUCAAUCGAUUCCGGAUGAUGUGGAGCGUUGGGAGAGGAAGAGUAGAGGAGUUGAUGGCGGGGUUGAUUUGUCGGGGAAAAUGGAAUCAGAGCUUAAUGAAUGGAUGGACCGUCAGCUGCAUAUUGUUGAUGGGGACGAAGGUGUAGAUGAAAGUGAGUACAUGGAGUGGUAUUUGAGAAUUACUCGAAAGUUCAUUGGCAGGCCUAUUUCUCUGUCAUCUGAAUUUCAGAGAACGAAAUUAAACAAAUGUUUGCAGAAUGCUGGUCUGAGGGAUAUUGCCCACAUAGCAGAUACCUUUUCAACAAAAGGUCUUGAUCCACAACAAAUUGAAUCAAUAUCUAGGAUAAGAUAUAUUGCCCAUGAAUGUUUAAGAGACCAAAUUGGCGGUCCGGUCAUGGUAUCAGCCAGCCCACAAUCUGAACUCGGAAAAAGGGUUAGAGGAAAGGAGAGGGUUAGAAGAAAAGGGGUAGGUAAACGAGUGCGGAAGGAUGGUGCAAUCCAAUAUAAUGCUGUUAGUGAGGAUGAACAAACUCAGUUCUAUGGCACUGCUAUUGAGGUUGGCCAAUUGCAUCUAAGUCAUAUUGAUAGAGAGAUGGAUGACGCGCAAUUAUGUACUGUAGACAGUGCAGUUAGUUCUAUCCAGUUGAUUCAUGCAGAUGCUGAUGGUGAGAAUCUGCAGCUCUGUGAUACAUCACACCUUGAGGUUGAUCAAUCAGAGCUAGGCUAUGCAGCUGGUGAAGAAAAUAACGAGGAGCCAGAUGAUAUAGCUGCUGAGUUUAACCAUGAAGAACUAAAGCGCGAAGCUGGUGAGGUAAUUAAGGAGGAGCUUAACCAUAUGACUGGUGAGGAAAAUAUUGAUGAACUUAAUGCAGCCAAUGAGGUUCAUGAGGUACAACAUUGUGAUCAUAUGGUGAUUGAUAAUUUACAAACUUGUGAUGCAAGUCACAUGAUCAAUGACACGAUGGUUUCAGAUGCUGUUGCAGAGGUCAAUCACACACAACUUGGUGAGUCAAGUGUGGUUGACCAACAACAAAGCAAUCCAACUGACAAUCUUGUUAAUUCUCAACUUUCCCACAUUAACACUGAAAGUGAAACGCCAUCUACUAAAGCAGCAAUAGAAGUGUCUCAACAUUCUUCCAUAGAAACUCAUGAGGAUAUUUCACAGAAAGGUGAUUGUAGUGUUGCUGUAUAGGGUGAAUAGCUUACACUAUUGUAGAGAAGCAAAUUUUUUUUUGGCAGACUCAACUUAAAUAUGCGAUAGU